AGCACUGUGUAUCCCGGGGACCCCUGGCUGAAGGCAAGCAGCUGUCCCUCUCAGCAGCUGCGAGGUUAUGCCACGCCUCAGACUUACUGGGUGCCUGCUAAUGAAAGAAAAGGGUUGAUAUUUCCCCAAACAUUGCAUGACGGACCAUAGGUCAUAGACCAAGAUGGCAGCUGGAAAUACUGCUCCCUCAGGAGGCAUCUUCAAUACAUCGCAGCAGGGUGAUGAGGAUGCUGAGAUAGCCUUUCCUGGCACAGAGGAUGAGGAGGAUUUGGACAAGACCUUUUCUGUUGAACGGUUUGGAGACCUGAUCUGCAAAUCUGUGCUAAGAGACCAGGAGAAGCAAGGCCGCUGCUACAAUGAGAGGGACUUUGAAUUCCAUCGCCAGACAUCCCACCACAUCCAUCACCCCCUUUCCACCCACCUGCCUCCACCUCACAAGUGCCAGAAGAGGCUUCCCCACUCUGAGAGGAAGAAGAAGAAAAAGAGAAAGCCAAAGAAGACCUCUGUACCUCCCUCCAAUGUCACCCCCACCAUAGAGGAGGUGGAAGAAGAAGAGGAGGAGGAUGAAGAAGCAGAAUCUGAAGGAGAGGAAGUUCUACAGAAGGAGGCCUCUGCAGAGUCUGACCUUGAAGCCUCUCCCAAAGGGAGGUCUGAAGGCAUACCAAAGACAGGGCUGGCUGAAGGAAACAUUGAGUUCACUAUUGGAAGUGAUGAGGAGGAGAGAGAAGAGGAGGAGGAGGAGGAGGCCUGUAGCAGCCCAUGCACUUUGUCAUUUCAUGUGGCAGAGGAAUGCAGUCACCUCUCCUCACUUCCAUGUCUUUCUGAUCUGCUGCCAGAGAAAGGACUGACAUCUCCCAGAAGCUGCUCUGGGUGCAGGGAUCAUACACCUCAAGGAUGGGAGAAGCGCAAACUUUGGAGUCAGGUGCCAAGUGGGCAGCGGGCAAACUACGACCUGAAGGAGAGGGUGUGCAUUGGCAGCAUGACCGCCUUGGAAAGUGCCACAUACCAGCGAAUCCCCACAGAUGAAGCUGAGGCUCAAAUGCUGGCGUCUGCUGACCUGGAUGACAUGAAAAGCCAUCGUUUUGAAGACAACCCAGGAGUAAGGAGACAUCUGGUUAAAAAACCAUCCCGGAACCAGACUACCAGAGCCAGCAAAAAGUCUUUGUCCUCGCAAUCAGUCAAGAGAAAGAAGAAAAAGAAAAAGCUUGACAGGAAACCUCAUGAGAUAUUUGUGGAACUGAAUGAACUGGUGGUGGAUAAGAACCAGGACAUGCACUGGAAGGAGACAGCCCGAUGGAUCAAAUUUGAGGAGGAUGUGGAGGAGGACACAGCACGAUGGGGGAAGCCUCAUGUGGCCUCACUCUCUUUUCGUAGUCUUUUGGAGCUUAGGAAGACUAUUGCCCAUGGAGCUGUUCUGCUGGACUUGGAGCAAACAACACUACCUGGGAUUGCUCAUCUGGUGGUAGAAACCAUGAUAAUCUCAGAUCAGAUCAAGGCCGAAGACAGAGCCAAUGUCCUGCGGGCCCUGCUACUUAAGCACAGCCACCCCAAUGAUGAGAAGGAGGGAUUCUUUCCUCGGAACCAGUCUGCCUCUAGCAUGAACUCUGUGAUAGGAAACCACCAUCACAACCACAACCACACUAUUGACACUUGCAUGCCACUGAUGGGCGAAGAGUGCAUUGAGAUGACAGAGCCCAGAAUCCAUGAUCCUGACUACAGAGAGAAAAACAUGCACAUUCACAACUCUGAGGGACACCGUGGCAAAUACCUGAAGCUGAUGGAGAAAAUUCCUGGUGAUGCAGAAGCUACUGUUGUGCUUGUUGGUUGUGUUCAGUUCCUUGAACAGCCAACAAUGGCUUUUGUCCGUUUAAACGAGGCUGUUUUUCUGGAGUCAGUCCUUGAGGUUCCAAUUCCUGUACGUUUCAUCUUUGUCUUGUUGGGGCCAAGCCAGUCCAACAUGGAUUAUCAUGAGAUUGGGCGCUCCAUCUCCACACUCAUGUCAGACAAGCAUUUCCAUGAAGCUGCUUACAUGGCAGAUGACCGCCAGGACCUGCUAAAUGCCAUUAAUGAGUUCCUUGACUCUAGCAUCGUCAUCCCCCCCUCAGAGAUGGAGGGAAAGGGUUUGCUCAAGUCAGUCGCCACGUUCCAGAAGGAGCUCUUGCGAAAGAGGAAAGAGCGAGACCAGAAGAAGGCUACCAAAGAAGGUCAAGUUCAGGAAGCUAAAGAGUUGUGUGAGGUGAAGGCUGAGGAGGAAGAGGAGGGUGAGGAGGAGGAUGACCCUCUGAAGCGCACUGGCAUUUUCUUUGGCGGUUUGGUGCGGGACAUAAAGCGCAGGUACCCCAAGUACCUGAGUGACAUCAGAGAUGCCCUGCACAGCCAGUGCCUCGCAGCUGUGCUAUUCAUCUACUUCGCUGCUCUCUCUCCUGCCAUCACUUUUGGAGGACUGCUAGGUGAGAAGACAGAGGGUCUCAUGGGCGUCUCGGAGUUGAUCAUCUCUACUUCAGUGCUGGGCAUGCUCUUUUCUCUGCUGAGCGCUCAGCCUCUCCUUGUCAUUGGCUUCUCAGGGCCCCUGCUGGUCUUUGAGGAGGCUUUUUACAAGUUCUGCAAUAGCCAGGGCAUUGAAUACCUGACUGGACGGGUGUGGAUUGGCCUGUGGCUCAUCGUCUUCAUUGUCAUCAUUGUGGCUGCAGAGGGGAGUUUCCUAGUGCGCUACAUUUCCCCCUUCACCCAGGAGAUCUUUGCCUUCCUUAUCUCCCUUAUCUUCAUCUAUGAAACAUUCUACAAACUCUACAAGAUAUUUACAGAACACCCCCUGCUUAGGUUCUAUCCACCAAAUCAGAGUAGCCUGAAUGCCAGCACAUUAUCUGCUGAUUCCAUGUCCCGCGACACCCAGAUGCAACCAAAUACUGCCCUCCUGUCCCUCAUCCUCAUGCUGGGAACCUUCUUCAUUGCCUUCUUCAUGCGCAAGUUUAAGAACAGCCGCUUCCUAGGAGGAAAGGCACGGCGAAUCAUUGGUGAUUUUGGGAUCCCUAUUUCCAUCCUUGUUAUGGUUCUGGUAGAUUAUACCAUUACUGAUACAUAUACUCAGAAACUGAAUGUUCCUUCAGUGCUGUCAGUUACAACCCCGGACAAGCGAGGUUGGUUCAUCCAUCCCUUAGGCAGCAAGCAGACUUUCCCUAUGUGGAUGAUGUUGGCCUCUGCCAUCCCUGCACUGCUGGUCUUCAUUCUUAUUUUCAUGGAGACCCAGAUUACCACCCUGAUUGUCAGCAAGAAGGAACGGAAGCUGCUGAAGGGGUCAGGUUUCCACCUGGACCUGCUGCUCAUUGGUACAAUGGGAGGGCUCUGUGCCCUUUUUGGGCUGCCUUGGCUCACAGCUGCCACUGUCCGUUCCAUCACCCAUGUCAAUGCUCUCACUGUCAUGAGCAAGGCAAUUGCACCCGGUGAGAAGCCAAAGAUUGAGGAAGUGAAGGAGCAGCGUGUAACAGGAGUGCUCAUCGCUAGCCUUGUUGGUAUGUCCAUAGUCAUGGGGAAUGUGUUGCGCAAGAUCCCACUGGCUGUGCUGUUUGGGAUUUUCCUUUAUAUGGGCGUGACGUCAUUGACUGGCAUCCAGCUCUAUGAGCGGCUCCUUCUCAUCUUCAUGCCAUCCAAGCACCACCCUGAUCAUGUCUAUGUUGUCAAGGUGAAGACGUGGCGAAUGAACCUCUUCACGUGCAUCCAGUUAGCCUGCAUAGUACUUCUCUGGGUAGUGAAAUCUACUGUGGCAUCACUAGCUUUCCCAUUUAUCCUGAUCAUGACAGUGCCUCUGCGGCGAUUCCUGCUGCCACGCUUCUUCCAUGAAAAAGAACUCAAAGCGCUGGACUCGGAGGAUGCAGAACCAAACUUUGAUGAAGAUGGUCGAGAUGAGUACAAUGAACUCCACAUGCCUGUGUGAACAAGCUGGUAUAUAUCCACUGGCCUUGGUUCUCCCCUGCAUCCAUGGGAUAGGCCCUCCUCCUUCAUGCUGUCCCUGAACAAUAACAUGCACCAAUCAGAAGUGGCUUUGGACUGAUCAGGGUCUGGACCAACCAGCAACUGCAUCCCAGUCCUUCAGGAAAUUCCAUGCCACAAGGGAAGCUUGGGCCAAGCAGAGCAAGAGAUGAAGCUAUCUUCUUCUGAAUAGACACAGUCUAUGGGGCCAGCUCCCAAAUUUCUCCUACCCAGACCUCUACUGGUGUGUGCUCUGUAGGCCAGAGCAUGUGCCUUAGCCAGCUCUCACUAGCCAGCCACCUUCCUCAGAACAUGAGCAGUCCCCACUGCUUUGCUAAGGGCAUAUACGGCAACAGGCCAGCAUAGAAAAAGGCAACUAGAAGCAGUGCCAAGACUGAUGCCAUUUAAGUAGAGUUAGCAGGUGUCUGGGGUAGGAGGAAUUAACAUACUCUUGCAGGUAGGUUAAGCCUUUGCCACUGAAUCCCAGGACUGUGCCAGUGAACAUCCAAUGGUCUUUAUUCCAUCUGCUGUUCCACAUGUUGCCCUCAGCUGGAAUUUCCAGUCCAUAGGAGAUUGAUCUGUUUAAGGAAUAGCAGUGUUAAUUGCUGGAAGGCAGCAGCAGCAGUAACACACAUGAGCAGGGCCUGCUGUACCCUGACACACUCUGCAGUCAUGAUGAAGGUAUUCUUGCAGUAUUCAUGCACACCGGCCUCUGUUUGCUCACAGCACUGUGCCUGUUCUCACCAUUUCUCAGGGCAGCUGCAAAGAUUGCCCAAAGGAUAGUGAGCAAUUUGUGAAGCAUACCUCCACUCUGGUGAAACUCUGCAACAUAGCCUAGAAACCAGGAACAAGCUGCUCUAAUAACCAAGUGAAGAUUGUAUAGUCCAUGUUGCUUUCUCAGUUGGUGUUUCUCCCCAGGCUUGCUCCAAGAUGUCAGGGGAUGCAGUGGUCAAAGCAGGGCUCACAGCAGCUAAAGCUGAGACCUCAUCAGGUGAGCCAUCAGAGACUAUAUGCAACCACAGCUCACAGCCCUCCUCAGGCCCAGAGAGGAGGAAAAACACUGAAUGUCUCACAAGACAUAUAAAUAAUGUGAUCUUGGCCUUUGCCUGGUCUACAGAACAGGAACACUCCACCUGUUGCAGCAAGUUCCCUGCUUCAGUCUACAUCUCCCUAUUUCAGUAUCUCCGGCUUCAAUUUUUUCCAGCUGCCUCCUCCUCCCAGCCACUGGUCCAUUUUCCAUCUGUGGCUUUUGUAUUUCCUACCUUCUUUCUUUGUAGUGGGUCCAAGUAGGGCAAAAGCUACUGUCUUGGUCCAGCCUCAAGAGAUGCCAUCCAAGGCCUAGUUUUAACGACUGGUAUGGGGGAGGGGUGCUUCUAGGCAGGGCCUAAGGAUUCUGCAUCUGAGGCUGUGAGCCGUUGUACUGCAGGAGCUCUUUGCGGCAGGGGUAAGUUUUCUGUUUGGCCUUGACUCUUCCUAACGGAGGCUCCCAUUUCCUGUAUUUUAUCUAGUUCAAAAACCCAUUGCCUCACCUAGAGUCCUCACACCUCCUGGAACCUCCAUCACUCCUACCAAUAGCUGCUUCUUUUGUACUCUGAAACCCUGUGACUUUCCUGUUCCUUCUAUUUCCAUAUAAAGAAAAUCCAACUAUUGUGAGACUAAAUUGCACAAAAUAAGCAUUAGUUUGUCACUGAAUUUAAUUGUUGGGAAUAGAAAACUCCUCUCCCUUCUUCUCAUGGGUGGUGUGUGGUCCAUGGAGCUGAGAUCAUGCACAAACAUCGUAUGGGAAUUCAGUGUAAGGUUCUAAAGGGAGGCUGCCAGUCCCCUUGCAAGGAUUCAAGUUCUGAUGCCAGUCCAUCACAUAAGGACUUGAGUAGAUUGCUCAGAGGGCUGCACUGCCAAGUCCUGUUCUGUAAUUUAUAGGUACAGAACAAUGGGAUGCAUAACAAUGAAUACUGUGACUUCUGCUACAACCAAGUGUGGAACCAAAUGGCUAAAGAGUCUGGCUCAUGGCACUGUCUACAAAAUGGAGACUGUCCCUCCCCACCUACCUCAAGGAUGGCCUGCCGAUAGCUGGAUAGUUAGGAGACUAAGUAUUUUCCCUAAUUAUUCCCAGCUGGCUGUCAACCUGCCCCACCUACAGACGGUGACUGCCACAUGCCCUGUGUAACCAGGACAGGAAACCUGAGGUGUUGGGACAGAGACUGUGGUACUCUAGCUGUGCAUAACCAUUCCUCUGAAUGUAACAGGAAUAAAUAUGG